UCAUUGUUAAAUCAGACAACGGAUAUGAAUAUAGAUGAGUGCACACAAGUAAUAGAUAAUGUGAUUCGUGAAGCUGAGCAAAUUAUGAGCAACGUUGAUAACUGUAUUUCCGGGAUCAUGGACCAAGCUACGUACUUUAUGAAAGAAAUUUUGAAGAAACUUGAAUACUUUGAAAAAAAUUUUGAGACAGCUCUGAAAAUCGCCGCAAGCUGUGGUAGAUCCAUUUUCAUAUUUGACGCUAGCGGAUGCUUUCAUAACGUAAGUAUUUUAUUAGACAAAGGAGCUGUAUAUAGGAUUUAUUUUCUUCUUAUGUAUGAAUAUCAAUAAUAUAGGCGAUAAAAAGCGUACUACAGGUACCACAAAGCCAAUUACAGCAGAUAACAGAGGACACAAUCGACACGGUCGAGAAUAUCAUAGGUCUCAAAUUAGAUAUUGCAAAGUGUGUACUACCAGAAUAUUUAUCAUCGUUACAAAACAAUGCCGAACGUGUUAUCCAGGAAGUCGAGCAGUGCACCCAGGAGAAACUUAACGAGACGAGGACAGCAACGUCCAUGAAAAUAACUGAACAUACGACACAUUCUUCAAUAAUAACUGAACAUUCUGUAGUGCCAACUGAGCAAUAUGCAGGCAGCACGUCACUUGAAACUCCGAUGAUUACAGACUACUAUGCAACGUCUACUACAGUGGCUACUGAUAGACAAAUAAUAACGACCACUGACGGAAUUCUUCAAACAAGCCCCGAACAACCAAUCGCCAGUAGCACGGAACAAUCUGUCCCCAGUAGAACCGAAGAAGCAAGUCCCAGUAGCACAGAUCAAUUUAUACAAAGUAGUAGUGAGCCAGCAGUCAGUACAAUUAUACAACAAUUUGUACCAAGUAGCUCAGAACAACCGAUGAGCAGCAGCACAGAGGGGUCUGUCCCAACUAGCACUGAAGAAGUAAUUAGCAGUAGUAUAGGGCACUCUGUCACCACUAGUACUGAAGAAGCAACUAGCAGCAGCACGGAGCAAUCUGUCGCAACUAGCACUGAAGAAAUAAGUUCCAGUAGCACAGAGCAAUAUAAUAGUAGUAGUGAGCCAGUAAUCAGCACAACUGCAGAAGAAUUUGUGCUAAGUAGCUCAGAACAACCGAUGAGCAGCAGCACACAGCGAUCUGUCCCAACUAGUACUGAAGAUGCAAUUAGCAGUAGCAUAGAACAAUUUGUCACCACUAUUACUGAAGAAGCCACUAGGAGUACCACAGAGCGAUAUGUUCCAACUAGUACUGAAGAAGUAGUUAGCAGUAGUAAAGGACAAUCUGUCACCAUCAGUCCUGAAGAAGCAACUAGCAGCAGCACAGAACAGUGUGUACCAAGUAGCACUGAGCCAGCACUCAACGCAACUGGAGAAGAACUUGUCCCACGAAUCUCAGAACAACCGAUCAUCAUCAGUACAGAACAAUUGGAUACAACUAGUACUGAAUCUGCAAGUAGCAGCAGCACGGAACAAUCUGUCCCAAUUGGCACGGAAGAAGCAAUUAGCAGUAGCUCAGAGAAAUCUGUCACAACUAGCAUUGACGAACCAACUAGCAGCGGCACAUGGCAAUUUGUGUCAAGUAGCACAGAGCAAUCUGUGCCGAGUAGCACAGAGCAAUUUGUACCAGGUAGCACCGAGCCAGCAAGAAGAACAUCUACAAAACAAGUUGCGCCAAAUAGCUCAGAACAACCGAUCAGCAGCAGCACAGACAAAUCUUACACAAAUAGUACAGAAGUAGCAACUACUAGUAGCACAGAACAAUCUGUACCAAGUGUCAUUGAUCAUUCAUUGAAUAAUAAAUCGGAUGUUGCUACGCCGAAAUAUGAUCAGGCUGUUCCAAGUGUUACUAAAUAUUUAGGGAAUGAUAAAUUUGAUUUCCCGCACUAUGCGUACGCUAUACCAAGUGCUACUGGUGAGUCAUCUGAUAAUAACUCAGACCUUUCUAUUGCUAAGUAUGAUACAGCUGUACCAAGUGCUACUGAUCAGUUAUCUGAUAAUAAAUCAGACCUUGCUGUUGCUAAGUAUGAUCAGGUAUAUAAUUUCCUUUAUAUUUUAGGCCUUCGUCCCAUUCCCACUGUUCAGACCGUUGUUCAACCUGGGUGGAUAUCAAAGUGA